UCCACAGCUUCUGUAACAGUAAGAUUAAAAAAACAGAGGUAUUUUCACCUGAAGGCAGAACUAAGAACAUCACGAUGAACAAAUUUCUGUGGAGCUGUGCAGCACUAUUGACUCUGUUUGUUACAGUUGAGUCCCUCACCUGUAACACCUGUAGUCUGAACAUCCUCGGCUACUGCUUCGAAGAUGCUCCUGUAAAUUGCACCAAAAAUCAGACCAUGUGCUACAGUGGAGUUGCCAAGUUUAGUGCCGACCUGCCGGACAUCUAUUCACGAGACUGCAUAGAACCAUCCGCCUGCAAAAACGACACAGGCUCCAUCCUGAAUGUUAAAUACACCAUCACCAGAAAGUGCUGCCACACUGACCUGUGCAACAGAGCUACUGCCAUCCAGCUGCCUCUGACUGCAGCUCUGGGUGCUGCUCUGGUGGCAGUUUGGAGCCAGUGGGGCCUUUAAGAAAGAAAGAGGAGUUGCUGCGCAUAAUUUAAAAAUUCAAUCACGUUUGUGUCCUUUAUUUUCUUGAAAAUGCUUUAAAUAACACUUUAAGUAUGUCAGUGUCCCUCUGAUGUAUAAUUGAACUGGCUACUUAAUGGUCAAGUUUGGAGUCUUUACAGCACCAUGUGAGUUACUGUAGGACUCCAUUUACUGUACAAGUAGUGUGUACCUGUAAAUACUACAUCAGGACUGAAUAUCCAUGAUUUGCUAUGUAAUUCUUUUAUAUUUUACCCAUUAUUAUUAUAUGUAAUAAUGUAUUUCAAAACCUUCCCAGACAUGCAUGAGUCCAUUAUAGGCUAGAUUUUGUUGGGAAUUACAUUGAUUAAGUGCUAAAGGGCAGCUAUAUCCUAAUACUGAUUAUUGCACCAAUAAAUCAAUAAAAUGUGUGUUUUAUUUGAAACAACGACCUACUAAAUAAUUCACACUAAAUGAUAUACUAACAUAAUUUGUAGGAGGUUGAGGUAUGACUAAAGGCUGAAGGCAAAAAACAAAACUUUAAAUUUGUUGUUAUUUUUACUUCGGUUUUUGACUUGUGGACUUGACUUGUUAAUUAGUGAGCUUUAGAGGGUGGAUUGUGUUACAUUUUCCAGAUCCAGGCUAGCUGUUUUCCCCUGUUUCCAGUCUUUAUGCUAAGCUAAGCUAAUCGGCUUUAUUACUGGACAGGCAUGAGAGUGGUAUCAACCUUCUCAUCUAACUCUCAGAAUAGUCACAUUUCCAAACUGUUCUCUUAAAAACCAUGAUUUGUAGCUGGUCUGUUAGAUGCAAAUAAUGUUUUGAGGGCUUUUUCAUUAAACUUACAGCUUAAAUUUAAA